GGCCGCCUGAGGCGUCUCUGGUCCUUCCCGCAGGACACCAUGUCGCACCAGCGCGUGAGGCGCGGCGGCUCCCCGACCCCGGGCGCGUCGCCGGGGGGAGGCGGCGCGGCGGCGGCUGGCGGCGGCGCGGCGGGGGCGAGCGGGCGGCCGCAGCCCAUGCGGGCCACGGUGCCGUUCCAGCUGAAGCCGCAGCCGCCACACGGCAGCCCCACGCGGGGCGGCCCCGGCGGGGCCCCGCGCGCCUCCCGCAGCGCCAGCCCCGCGCGUGCCCCGCGAGGCGGCGCCGGCCCCGCCGCGGCCACGCAGACCCCGGCGGGAGCGGGGAGCAGCCCCCCCCCGCCCCGGCACCAGCACCUCUCGCCAUGCGCCUCCCCGCAGCCCGACGGCAGGGCCCGCGCCCCGCGGCCGCCGCCCGAGCAGGGCAGGGGGUCCCCCGAGAGGAAGAGCCCCGGCUCUCCCGGCUGCAGAGCUGAUAAAUCAAGACCACCUUCAUCAAGCCCUUCCAGUACUUCUCGACGGACUUCCUCAUUGGAUAUGCUUGCUGCUCCAUACCUUGCUGGACAGUGGCCUCGUGAUAAUCAUGGACAAGCUGCUCCGUCUAUGCGAGACAAAGCCACACAGACAGAAAGUGCCUGGGCUGAAGAAUAUUUAGAGAAGAAGAAAAACUCUCACAAACGUUCAGCGUCAUGGGGAAGCAAUGAUCAACUCAAGGAGAUUGCAAAAUUGCGUCAACAGUUGCAGAGAAGCAAACACAGCAGCAGGCAUCAUCGCGAUAAAGAAAGACAUUCUCCAUUUCAUGGUAACCAUGCAGCCAUUAACCACAGUCAGGCUCCCAUCCCAAAGAGUGCUCUUGUUCCUGUGAUACCUAUUACCAAAUCAACAGGAUCACGAUUCCGAAACAGUGUAGAAGGACUGAAUCAGGAGAUUGAGAUAAUAAUUAAGGAGACGGGUGACAAAGAGGAACAGCUUGUUCCUCAAGAUAUUCCAGAUGGCCACCGUGCACCACCUCCAUUGGUUCAACGUAGUAGUAGUACUCGCAGCAUUGAUACCCAAACACCUGGUGGAGCGGAUAGAGGGAGUAACAACAGCAGCCGCUCUCAGUCAGUGUCUCCAGCCUCAUUUCUUACCAUUUCUAAUGAAGGCAGUGAAGAAAGUCCAUGUUCUACAGAUGAUCAUCUUGCUGAUUCCAGAGAUAAAGAGAACGGGAAUAAUUCUCCCUUGCCGAAAUAUGCUACCUCACCAAAACCCAACAAUAGCUACAUGUUCAAGCGUGAACCUCCAGAGGGCUGUGAAAAGGUGAAAGUCUUUGAGGAAAGCUUGCCAAAGCCACUGCAUGAAAUUCCAGCCUUCUAUUGCCCUGACAAGAAUAAAGUGAAUUUCAUUCCUAAAAGUGGCUCUGCUUUCUGUCUUGUCAGCAUCCUCAAGCCACUUCUUCCCACACAGGAGCUCACGCUUAAAGGCAGUACACACAGCCUGACUGUCUCCUCCACCAUGACGCCCAGUUUGUUACAGCCCAUUGCUGUGGCUGCCUUGUCUACAAACACAGACCAAGACAGGAUCUCUCAUGGAACAAGUACAUUAAUACCACAGACCUCUCUACUCCAGCCGUCAGGAUGUAUUGAGGAAGCUGAAGGACAGAUUUAGAUUGUCUUGAUGUUUUUCUGGGCAACUACUGGGGAAAGAAUUGGAACCAGUUGACUGGACCUUUCUGUCCACACUAUUUACAUCAUUUUAACAAUUUAUGACACUGUCAUAAUUGAACUGUUUGUAUAACUGACAGUUUGGUAGCACAGUGAGAAGUUCAGGAGAAUGCAGCAACUGAUACUUUGUUGCACUGUCUGCUCAUGAAGACUGGUUCUGGUUUGCUCCUGCUUUUUUAAACACUGGUGAAAACAGACUGUCAUAAUCCUUUGCCACUUAAAGGACCAGUUGUUGUGAUGCUGGCUGUCCUUUGACUUUUUUUCCCAUUAAAAUAAAAAUCUGAAGACCAACCAGUUGAUCCCAUUAACCAUUGUAAUGUGCAGGGGGAGGGGCAAUCGGAUGGUUUUGCAAGAUGUCUUUUGUAUGAAACUGUGUAUUUUGUAACAAAACUUGCCUUUUCUGGUGCAUAGCAGAUGGUGUUUAGAAGAUGCUUUCCUGGUGACAGUACACAACCCCCUUUUUUCUUUUUUUUUGUACGGAAGGUUCUUUUUUACUUGGCUGUUUUACAGCUGCUGGGACCAAAGGGUUGCUGAAGUAUUUCAGCAGUCUGGAAUUAUGUGACCUUGCUGAACAGCCUCAGCCCUAACAAAAUAAGUUAAUGUGUUUGAAAGCUUUGAAACGGAAGAGUAUCCACAAAGCAGUGUUAGUAUAUAGUGUACAUUUUUUGAUCUUGGACAUUUGUGCUCCAGAAUAGUCACAUUCUUAAAACUCCUUCCUUCACAGAAUUCCCAUCAGUGUCUUGUUUAUUGGCUGGAAAACUGCAUUUUAAAGCACUUGCCCAGUAUUGUUCCAUUUGUCCAUAAGAUUUUUGUGCAGGGUUGGGGGGAAAAACAUGUUAUCCUCUUUACUUAGUGUACUUUCUUGCAGAAAAUAUGCCACUUGCCUCUUAAAGGCUUGCUUGGCUACUUAUGGAGUUAGCCUGAAUCAUUAAUUGCCCUUGGUACAAAUUUGCUCUGACAUGACUCAUCACUGUAUUAUAGUCUCUGGCCACAUCCUACUGGAAUAUCUGUGCAUGACCUUUUGUCAUAGUGGUGUUUUGUGUGUCCGUUGAAGGUGAUGGUUUGUCAGGCAUGGUGUCUGUUACACAGAAGUUUACAGCAGCAGAUACCUUCUUCCUUUUUGGCUAGCAACUUAGGCUAGCGUGUAAAGCAGAGGAUUUUUUGAUACCUGGUCUUUUGUUACUUUGAAAUUGUAAAAAAAGAUGAGAAGAGGGGGAAGGCGAUUGAAAACAGAAACUGUUCAGGAGCUUCAGUGAGGUUUCUCAAGUGUUCCUAGAGUGAUUUCCUUGGGUUUGAGUAAAUACAGUGUAGAUAUGCAAAAAACUGCAAUGACCUGAAUACCAGUGUCAUAUCAACUUACAAAUCAAGGUGACCUUGUACCUCUUUUACAGAUUUAGAUUCAGUGAUUUCAAAGUAAGCGUCAUCAUGGACAGUCUCUGGUGCUGAGUAUUGGUCUUUUACACACAAGCAGUUCUCACUGGUUUGCAGGUUUGCGUAGGCAUCGCUCCCAUGCAUCAGUUGCAUACUCAGGUCCCCUUGUAACUGCAUCUUUAACUGCAAAUACAACAAAUUCUGUUCAGUGAUUAGUAUGCUUAAUUUGGUUGCAAACAUUUCACUUGGGAGAAAGAGAAAAGAAAAAACAACAAACCUGCAUAUCUGUGCAGAUAGACCAUAGUUUUCAUGCGCAUUUACUGUUCCUUUAAAUCCUAUGUGGACAACUAUGAUAGCAGAAGUACUUUACUCAGCAAGUAAGUGUAAUUCACAAUAGCACACACAAGUCCUGUGCUCACAGUAAAAUGAUGCCCUUUUUAAAACUUCAUGCAAAAAUUCAGCAGAUUAAAAAUGUACCAGGAAGUAUUAGGUUAUUAGACCUGUUAAAUCAGCAAACAAGCAGAAUUUGGUUUACUGUCUUUUUUCCCAUCGAAGUAGAUGGGACUGUGCAGGUGGAACUAGAGAACUCUGUUUUGAAGUAGCAGCUCUGAGUUACAUUGAAGAAGUCAUUGAGGGACAGAGUUUUAAAAUGCAUGUCUUUUUGCAUCAGAUUUCUGUAAUUUGGCCAACUUAUAAUUCUUUUCUAGGUUUUGCAGACAUUAGUUUCUUCUGAAACAGUUACAGUACAACUUGAAGUCUAUAAUUUACUGCUUUAGAUAGGUUUGUUUAGACACUUCAUAUGACUGCAUUCAUGGGAGAUCAGAUCAUUUGGGUGAAGGAAGUGCUUAUAAGUCUGGUUUCUGUAACAAUAGCAUGUAAAGAGCUUCUCCAUCGAUGCCAAACUGCCUAGUGCUUUAUCAGGAAAUCUUAACUGAAUGGUUAAGAACCAAAGGGCUAAAGUUAACAAAUAGCCUUUUUUACAGCCUUGAGACUUAAGUGACUUCACCAAAACUGUAUUUGAUAUUUGUUUUCGCCACGGAGUGACUCUCCCAAAUAGCUGUGGGCUUUCUUACUCUAAGACUUUCCUCUGCACCUGUUGUAGUCCUUGAGCAUCUCUUUGGUAGUUUACGUUGUGUGUUAUUGGAUGGUAUACUGUACAAAUUAGUGAGCUGCUCUGAUAAAAACCAAAUGUAUGUAUGUGAGGUUUUUGCUUUUUAUAAAAACAAAACUGCAUUCAGGACAGCAUUCAGUCUCUUUUAUACGCAGGACAACUCUACUGUUGCCAUGGCAGCUCUACUUUAUUCUGAAUCCACACUGAAGACUCAGAAUUAAGAAAAUAUGACAGCUCUUGAUCUGAGACCAGCUUUUACAUGUGUGCAUACAAAAAUUAGCCUUAAACUUUUUAUGUGCUGUCUUGUGCCAUAGUAGAGCUGUUAGAUAAAGUAUUUAAAUCAAUUUUGAAAUAGCUUUGAGAGUGCAUGGAGCUUUUUAAAAAUUCUUUUAUGUAUAGAGUGGUAUAUUCAUUUUUUGGGUAAGGUUGACCCAUGCAUUUACUCAAGCACAGUUUUACUGAAAGAAUUCAAGUUCUUUUGGCAUACUUUAAAUCCAAACUAUGCAUAGACCUGGUCAGUUCCUUGAUUGCCUACUUCGUAGCUAAAAAUUAAAGGUCUGUUCUUAGGCACAACUUGACACAUUUGGUACUCGUUGUUUUCUUGGUAUUUCACGCUUCUAGCCACACUUAAAGGCUGGUGGCACUGUUCAGUAACACUGACAGUUGAUUUUGAGAUGUACUAAAUGGUGUUUCUCCAGUUGUAAUUUCUACAGAAGUCACAAGGAAGGAAGUGAUUGUAAUGAAGGUCCGUGAUGGCAGCUAUGACUAUUGGAAUCCUUUUUACAAAAGCUCGAGGCAUAAGGGAAGAGGACUUUUGUUAAUGUUUGACCUGCUUCAGCUGUUCUGUUGGUGCCAUAAUCCUGUAGCAACAAAUUUAAGUACUUGGAAAAGUGACAGAUAAUGCUUCAGUAAAAAGAAAGAAAUUCUUGGUUGCACGUACGUGUCCCAAGUGAUGAAAAAAGGGAGUGAAAAUUAAUUAUUGCGUACUGUGGAAGUAUAUGAUGGCAGUUUCUGAUUUACAUAAAGCAAUAGCAGCUCUUUAAAAGUAUAUUUAGUCUCAGGGCUAUCUUUUUGUUUGUUCUAAAAUACAAUUUACUGGAAUUCAAAAUCUGAGAUUGUUGGAAAACACUGAAGCUUAGCCUUUUGAGAAGAAAAAAAUCAGUCAUUUCCAUUAACCUUUGUUCUGCCUCAGGCCUAACUUCUUGUUGCUUAUUGAGUUUAGUAGAAUUCAAUAGUACAGCAGUAAUUCUUUGCUGAAGGAAUCUGUUCUCUCCCUGCUAUUCCUGAAACGCUAACUGAUGUUUUCACAGUAACUCACUGCCCAUUAUAUCCAUAUUUCCUUGCUGGAUGUUUCCUUUCUGAGUACCUGACAGCUUCUCUGUGAACCUGAAAUGGCAAAGGAGAAUGCAUGGAAGGAUUUGUAGUUGCACAGAUCACUGCUGCAGGUGCCUUCUUGGGUAUCUUGUUUUGCAUCUGCCUCAUCAUGCGCACACGCAUAGUCUGUGUAGGUCUGCCUUUUCUAUCUUUCUGGUUUGAAACAGGACUGGUAUUUCUAAGAUUAUUUUUUUUAUGCAGGCCUGUUGUCAUCCAGAACUGACACACGCUUACUCGUGUCUCCAAAGCAAAGCUUGUGUGUCAUUCUUACUUGUUUUUAUGAAAUGCAAAAAAAAAAAAAAAGGCAUCAAAACACUUGAGAAUGUCAAGACUGUCCUUUCUCCAUAUAAUUCCAUAAUCUAACGUGUGUGCCCUUCAUCAAAUGUCAUAGCCUACAGGUGUCAUUAUGGCUUAGACACAAACCAGGUUGGCAUGUAUUAAAACAAAAAUUUUGCUCUUAGAAAAGGUGACAGAAGAUUACACCUUUCCUAAGCUAGGGAGGAGAAAAGCACCGUGGAAGAUUCGAUUUGUGAUCAAAGAGUUCUUAUGGAAUUGCUUUUCUCAACCUGGGUAUGCAGGAAAACAAAAUGACCACUUGCUGCAAAGCGUACCUGUAUAUUUUCUUGCCAUGAGUUUGUGAGUGUUCUGCAACUCUGAAAAUCGGUUCUGUUCUUAGUGCUUUGUUUAUACAAAGAAUGACCUAGAUGCAUUGUUUUGAAACUGUUGCUUUGUGCAUCAAGUGAGGAGAGAAUGUUAACUAUUCACAAGUGUGUUGUGAAAUUCCAGUUCUGUACCCCAACUGAAUUGCAACAGUCUUUUUCUGAAUACUCCAAAUGUAAGUGGAGUCCUGUUACUGCUUGCUGUAUAUCAUUGCAUGUCAUCAGUAAAUACUUAAGGUAUGGUCUUUCUUUAAUAGUUCUUCAUUGGGAUUUGUAUUUGACUGCAGAGACUUCUGUAGUGUUGACGGGUUUAUCUGAAUUGCAGAAGAAGUCUUGGCCUGCUAACACUGCAAGUUAACAUUUCUUACAGAAAUUCCUUUUGAAACAACUCUUUGGAAAAUCUAGUAAGCUAAAAAAAGAAAAAAUGAAAACCCUUUCUGGACGCUUCAUCCACCCUAAUUAUCAAUGUCCUGGUAGCUAAAGAAGAAUAUUGCUUAGUUUUAUCCUAAAUUAUUUCAUUUAUUGACAUGCACUUUUGAGGGUAGCGGUCAAGGGGUGUCCAAAACUGCCAUUAGAUUUGCAUUUGUAUGAAAUUGGCUGUUAUAUUUUCCUCUGUUACACUGUGAUAACUUGUGGAGGUGUUUUUAACUAUCUUGUACUGCUCAGUUACUUAUUGCAUGUAAGGCAAUUUUUAUAAGCAAGAGGAAUUCCAGGGAUGUUCUGCAAAAAGGGCCUAUUCUGAGGUGAUCUACACUGGUGUAAAACUAGAGCAGCUCAACUAAUUUCAAUGGAAUUCUUGAUUUAAACUAGUCUCUUUGCUAUGUGUAGUUUUGCCAGUACUGUUUUGCACAAUGUUAUUUUGAAUCUCGAGUUCUGACUUGUGAACUGGUUUCUACUGAAAAGGGUGAAAAUUUUACAAACUGCAAUAGUGGAAUGUUUUUGGGAUAUUUUUUUUUUUUUGCCUAAAAUAAAAAAU